AUAGCUUGAGAGCUCUUUGUUUUACACGUAGCUAGCAACAGACGAUUUCUCUCGUAGUGUCAACCUGUGUGAGCAUCAGCUGGACUACACCAAAUCCCAUCACAGGAGUUAUAGAAGAAGCUUUUACACUGACAAGAGAAGACUAUUUUUAACGAAAAAUACAUAAUUUUAGGAUCAUGAGAGAGUUGACACUUCCUCCUGUAUACAAACAAAAACCGAGUCAGUUGUCCUUAAGGUAGACCUCAGAGUUAUUUGUUAUCUGUAGUUUCAAGUCGUAUUUGUUUCCAUGGGUCACGGUGAUGUUUAAUUCCAUGCAAAAAUAUGAUUAAAAGGAGAUAGGCCCAUUUUCUUCAAGCGGAUUAACAUGGCAAAAGAGAGUCGUGUUUUCAGCGAAAGGCAGCCCAUGGGGUGCGAAGGAACAUGGCAACUUUCUUGGUCCCUGAACUUUAACGGAGGCGAGUUGGGUCCGGCUACAGACAAGAGCCCAAGAUCCUGAUUUCAUCCGAUAUUUUGUGUCAGUUAAAAACUGGAGAUGGAGACUGUGGGGAAAUUCGAGUUCAGGCGGAAAGAUUUAAUAGGACACGGCGCGUUCGCGGUGGUGUUCAAAGGCAGACAUAAGGAGAAACACGACUGGGAAGUCGCUGUUAAGUGCAUUAAUAAGAAAAACUUGGCAAAAUCGCAGACGUUAUUAGGAAAAGAAAUUAAAAUAUUAAAGGAACUGAAACAUGAGAAUAUCGUUGGGUUACUUGACUUCCAGGAGAUGGCAAGUUGUGUAUACCUUGUCAUGGAGUACUGCAACGGGGGAGACCUGGCAGACUAUCUUCACUCGAAAGGUACACUGAGUGAGGACACCAUCCGGGUCUUCCUGCAGCAGAUCGCUGGUGCCAUGAGGGUCCUGCAUGCUAAAGGCAUCAUCCACCGGGACCUCAAACCCCAGAACAUCCUGCUGUCCUAUUCCGGCAGCCGCAAGUCCAACCCCAACAACACCCGCAUCAAGAUAGCUGACUUUGGGUUUGCACGCUACCUACAGAACAACAUGAUGGCUGCCACACUGUGUGGCUCUCCCAUGUACAUGGCGCCUGAAGUGAUCAUGUCCCAGAACUACGAUGCCAAAGCUGACCUGUGGAGCAUAGGAACCAUUGUGUUCCAGUGCUUGACCGGGAAGGCCCCCUUUCAGGCUAGUAGCCCUCAGGAUCUUCGGCUGUUUUACGAGAAAAACAAAAACCUCAGCCCCAACAUCCCCCGGGAGACGUCCAGUCACCUGCGACGUCUGCUCCAGGGCCUGCUGCAGCGUAGCCACAAAGACCGAAUGGACUUCGAUGAGUUUUUCAGACACCCUUUCCUCGAGGCGAGUUCGUCCAUGAAAAAAUCGGUCCCGGUGCCCAUGCCCUCCUAUCCCAGCUCUGGAUCAGCCAGCUCCUGCAGCAGCUCCUCCACCUCUCACCUGGCCUCCCCUCCGUCAGUCGCAGAGAUCCCGCAGCUCCGCGGCAAGGCCCCCACGUCCCCUACCCAGGAUUCCCCGGGCUUUCUGCUGAAGGACUCCGGGGGAAACAGCAGCAGCAGCAAGAACUCGUCCAGCGAAGCGGACGACUUCGUCAUGGUGCCCGCCCAGUUCCCCAGUGAGCUCGCCUGUGAGACCCCAAUUGGGAAACCUGUGCAGGACAGCCUGAUGUACAGUGGGAGCUCUCUGCUGGCUUCCGGUGGUGUGGGUCUGGGCAAGACGCCUCCCCCCUCUCCCCCCUUCAGUGCCUCUCCCAGCCCGGCAGGGAGGACAGCUGAGUUCUCCGCCAGCAACUACGGCCAGUCUGUCGCCAUCCCCGUCCCCACACAGAUCCACAACUACCAGCGCAUGGAGCAGAACUUUCACACCCCCAACCAGCAAGGGUCACCCAGGGCAGCACCUGCUGUCCGUAGGUGCUGCACCAGUGGCUACCCGGUCUUUUGGAAAGGCGGUGCUUCGCCCCCCUUCCCGGGAGACCAACGGACAGGCGUGGUGGUCCGCAGGCACUCCGUGGGGGGGGGCAGGCCCUACCACCCCUCCCCUCAAGUGGGGACGAUCCCGGAGACGCCAGGUCAGCCCUGCCCGGUGGGCACGGCGACGGGCCGUCUACAGGGCGCAGGGGUGGCCCGCGGCGCUCUGAGGCGUGGUUCGGUCCCGGAGCCGCUGCUGCCUCCGCAGGGCUUGGGCUCCCGGCUGCACAGCGACCCCUGCCUGACGGAGGCGCUCCACGGCUGCCGGCAGAAGAUCCGCAAGCAGCACGCUGAGGCGGCGGGGUCGCGACCCUGCAGCCAGCCCCAGCAGGUCCCCCAGACGGGCGCGCCCUGCCGGCCCCUGCACUCGUCCCCCAAGCUGUCUGAGCUCCUCCAGCGGAGCCCCCUCCCCACUAUCCUGGGGUCCCCCACCAAGGACAUGCCUCCAUUUGAGUUCCCCAAGCCGCCCAGCUCCCCGAACCUGGUGACCCUGCUGGCCCAGCAGGGUCUGGUUCUGACGCCGAAGCGCAACCGGACCAUCUCCGACCCGGACCAGCUGGGCCUGCUGCCCGGGGCCCUGCCCAGUCCCAGCACCAUGCCAGCGGAGAAGAACAAGGGCUCUUUCGGGAGGUCACUGAGCGCAGGGCGCCUGUCGGACAUGCUCCUGAAGGCCGCCUUCGGUCCCCAGCUGGUGGACGGAGGAAGCAACGAGAGCCUGAACGCCGAGAGACCCAUGGACACCACUGCAGCACCUGGUGGCGGUGGUGGAAUGGCAAUUGGUUCAGGCAGUCCUGUCCCUGUGGUCUUCACUAUUGGUUCCCCACCAAGUGGAACCACGCCACCGCAAACUACCCGUACCAGAAUGUUUUCAGUGGGCUCCUCCAGCUCAGUCAGUUCGGCGGGGUCCUUCACUGGUCGCCAGGUCAUGGCAGGCAUGUGUGCAGAAGGUUGCGAGGGUCCUUCCAGCCCACGCUUUGGCUUCUAUGAACCGGUGACCGCCAACCUGGAAGGGGUGGUCACCUUCGAGGCCCCUGAGCUACCAGAAGAGACGUUGAUGGAGCAAGACCACACGGAGAUGCUGCGAAGCCUCCGCUUCACGCUGGCCUUCGUUCACUGCGUCAUGGAGAUCGCCGUCUCCAAGGGCAGCGGGAUGGACACCAGCGAAGCCCCGGACGCCUCCUUCCUGCAGCAGCAGAGCCUGGUGGCUGACCAGAUCAGCCUCCUGAGCCGAGAGUGGAGCUAUGCAGAGCAGCUGGUCCUGUACAUGAAGACAGCUGAACUCUUGUCUUCUGCGCUGUACAAUGCCAUGGAAGGCAUAAAACAGGGCAAGCUCUUUCCCUCCUCUUCCGUCAAACAAGUGAUAAAGAAGCUGAACGAGCUCUAUAAAUCCAGCGUGACAUCGUGCCGCUGCCUGAAUGUGCGGCUGCAGGGCUUCUUCCUCCACAAGCAGCGCCUGAUGGACCGCAUCAAUAGCAUCACUGCGGAGAAGCUGGUGUACAGCCACACCGUGCAGAUGGUGCAGUCUGCAGCAUUGGAUGAGAUGUUCCACCACGGCGAAGCCUCUAUCCAGCGCUACUACAAAGCCCUACUGCUGAUGGAGGGUCUGUCCCUCAUCAUCACAGAGCAAGUGGAUAUCAGCAACAUCAGCAAGUGUAAGGUGUGCAUUGAGCGUCGGCUGUCCGCCCUGCAGUCUGGACUGUGUGCUUGAGGACUGGAGGGCUGGGGCCAAGCCAUCAGCGGAACCUCCCGCCCUGGGUCAGAUCAUCAGCCCCGGCUCUCUCCCUUCUUCUGUCUCAGACCCUCUCCUCCAUUCACCUCAGACCUCUACUCAUCCCCUCUGGCCCCUUCUCAUGCUUCAAACCUUCAACACUUUUCAACAUUCAAGCUUUUGGAGGGGGAGAGCCAAGGCAGAAACUUUGCAUUGAAUUUGUCUGUCAGUGCCCUUGUGUGAUGAUCCUGGCUUCUGCUCUGAGAAUCCUCAAAGAUUUCACAGUCCUCUGAUGGUUACCUUUGCAUUUGCUCUUUGUUUUUAUCUCUGCUUCUGUCAAUCAUUUGACCCUCCUCCACUGGGAGCCAAGCUGCCAAACAUGCCAGAGCAUCUACUUGCUCCCUGCAUUUGUGAUUCAGAUCUUUGAAGAGGUCUGAUUUGAGUGAAAUCCAUGUGAACUCAAGGCCUAUGAUAAUGGGAGAGGAUUUUGGAGAACAGGAGGUGGAGCAAAGUUUUCAAUUGUACCAUGAAUGCCCUUUGGAGACCAGUGUGCAAAUGACAAGGGUUUGGACAAGGAUGGAGAAGUGAUUAACAAAAUGGUAUGCUGUAAUUAGGCAGACCAUGUCCUUGCUUCACUUCCAAGAGGACAUGACUUCAUUCACCUCUAUUAAUUUCCUAUGUAGCAAGGCCAAGUUUGAGUUUCCCUACUUCAUUUAACAUACCAUGAGUGCAUGGUAUCAAAGAAAUGGCUUGCACUCUUCUAUUAAGAAUAAUUUGACUCAUGAAACUGGAGAGAUUUAAAGGGUACCCGUACCAGGUUGUCCCAGCAGAAUACAGAAACAUGCCAUAUGGCUGUAGACAGCCAGUAUGUAAAAAUAUUUAUAUAUACAUACAUGCGUACAGUCUAAGUCCGUAAAUAUUUGGACAUUGACAAAGGCAUUGUUAGUUUAGUUGUCUACCACAGGAUAUUGGAGUUGGAAUAAAAAUGAAUAUGAGUUCAAAGUGCAGACUUUCAUCUUUAAUUUGAGGGUUGUUUCUCGUGAAUAGUUUUUCAACUGGGUUCAGUUGGACAGUUAUUCAGGAGAAACAACCCUUGAAGUGAUCCAUCCGUAUCUACUGCAUAUCUUGCCACAGCAUGACGGUUUUAGGCUCAUUUGAUACCUUGGACCCUUGAUGACUUAAAGUCAUUUAGCCGACAAAUAUGUUCUAUACUGUAUCAGCAUAAUUUACAACUGAAUCAAGUCCCACCCCCCAAUUCCCAUAGUGAUCCAUUCAAAUGCAAAGAGUUUUAGUAUCGCUUGUAGGACAACCUGAAAAUAAGAUCUCCAGACUCUGAUGGUGAUGGGUCACAGACAUCAGAAAAUCAUGGCAUGCAAAGGAUAUGCAACCAAAUUACAAUCUAGGAUUAUGUUCAUUUGUCCAAUUUGUUUUGAGCCCCUAAAAUUAGGGGGGACUGUAUAAAAAGGGCUGUAAUUCAGCUAAAAUAACAAUACCUUUGUCAAUGUCCAAAUAUUUAUGGAUCUGACUGUAUAUUAAUUUAUGGAGCUGGAGUAGGAAUGACUGGGGUCAAAAAUCCCAAUUUUAGACCAAAGUAUUGUGUAAUGGCUGUGAUGCUGAAACACAUGAACUGCUGAAAACCCAGUUUGGAGAUUGUGUGUUUCCUAUUUUCACCUCUGUUGGUGUUCUUUUUUACACAUUUAUUGGUUCCAUCCCUGCAUUUUGUAGCAACUGCAGAAAGUGCAUAUGUGUACUCAGUACUGAGUACUCAGACCCCAGUAGCUAAUUUAGUACCCUGUUGUUCCAAAGUGCAUCAAUCACUCACAAAUCAUAAAAUAAAUGGCAUUCUUCUCAAAAGAAAAGUCACAAAAAAACUUUGUGACCAACAGACACUGGACAGUAACCAUGACAUUCAAAAUAGUUUUAACUGCAAGGCCACUGCUCCCUGUGAAUCUUGAAUAGGAGAUAUCUGGUGAGUUCUGCAGCUACAAGCUUGAAUGUAUGCAUUUCAAUAUUAGAAUAUUUAACAGAACAGUAUGUUGAAAGAGAAUGGUCACAGACCUAAGUGAAUGACUAGCUGAAUAUCUGAAGACAAAACCAAGGAAGAGGCCUUUUGCUGGUUUAGUGUUCUUACUCCCGAUGCCACAUGUUUGAACAGAGGAGCACUUUAAUAUUUUUUAUAUCUUGCAAAAUUGUGUGUGUAUGAAGGGUAACGACUUCCAUUUCCUCAGUAUGUUUCCUCCGGCCGGCCACAAAGUGGACUGCUCUCUGUCCAACAGUUGCAGAAAGUGCAUCUGAGGCUAAUCAAAUGGGAAGGAUUCUGUAUUAUCCAACACAAAAUUGCUUUUCUUUUGCUUUCCUACGUUAGCAUUUUUCACCUUCUAAUUCAAGAAGAAACUUGUACACAGGAAGUGGUCAUGUGUACAGCUGGCAACAAAACUGUUUGGGUUCAGAAUCCCCUAACGACCUUCUGCCACAAAGGCCACGUUUGAACCAAAGUCUGGAACCGGUCUCAUGGACAAUCCUAGGUUGUCGUCAAUCGGUUGAAAUAUUUUAAUUCCAUUUCUUAUUUAUUGCAUAAUGUCAAUGAAUAGUCCAGAUACUACCACUGCCAGAGAUGUGAGCGCUAUGGACAUGAAACUUGAUCAUUCAGUGGGGGACUCACUGAAAAGGGCUGUUGUAGUCUUGGACCAUAUCUCAGGAAGUUACCACGGAGACAGACUUUCCUUUUGUUUGUCAGAAUGACUGCUUUUGCUCGCGAUGCCAAGUCCUGACACCUAUCAGUCGACACUACCUACAAGCUGGGCAUUCUCCUGUAUGAAGGGUGGUGUGGUUCCCAAUUUAACAGCAGCCUUCAGGAUUUCAACAUGAGUUGCUCAUGGCUCAAUGGACUGUGUAGCGCAGUGUGCUAUAUCCCCUACCCCUCCCUCUAUGCACCUACCCCUCCCUCUAUGCACGCUGGAGAUGGACUGGCCCACAUCUUACCCUGCUGUGCCCAAUCAGUUACAUGGCCUGACUGGCACACCGGGUGGCAAAGAGUAUUCUUUGCAUUUAUUGUUGCACUACUAGUAGUGAAUGAAUCAGUACUGUAUGAAAAAGGCUUAAAGAAACAAGUACUUAGAUGGAGCUCAUCUGAUUUUAAUUUUGUAUGCGGUUUAUAGAAAUUAGUUUUAGAUUUAUUUUCCUCCAUUCUUAGAAGGCUUUUUUAAUUAAGUAAGAGUGCAUUUACUUGUCUUUGAUUGACUCUUUAGCCUAUUAUUUUUAUUGACCUGAUUGUUGCCUAUAUCUUGACAGAAAGAUUCAAUAAGCUGUAUGGAGGAAGAACGCAAAAAGGCACCUUUUCAAAGUCAACAAAACAAAAUGUGUACAGUGAAAUAUUCUUUGUUUUUUAUAUACGAAUGACAUGUAUUUGUACCUAUAUUGAGUGUUUUAAUGGUUGAUGUGUUAUUGUUUUUCAGUUAACUGCAGCCAAAUGGGAUGGAUGUUUUUGUAGGACUGAGGAAUGUAUGUGAGCAGAAUGAUUGAGGUUGGUUGUUGCAACAUAGUUCAAAUUAAACUUGCAAAAUGAAAUACAGGUGUGUUUGUGUUUAAGUCAGAUGUGGUGGUGCGAUAACCAGAAUCCCUGGGCAAAAAAACUCUUAAAUAAAUCUAUCCACUCACAAAGAUGUACAUCAAGCAGUAUCGAAACAAAGGUGGUGUAGCAAGAGGGACAGCUGCUGUGGUUUUGAAUGUUUUUGAAUGUGUGCUUUGGUCAGCUGUGUUUAAGGGGAGUAUGAAUUUGCCAACUGAUGCUCCAGUUACAUGCUUUGCACCAGUUAGCAGUAGCAUCCCAAAACUAUCUUCCUCUUCACUGCUGCUGUAUAUAAAUGAAUGUAAUUAUGGACAACCACACAUGCUUCUCUGUAAAUGGUUUACAGUUCACCAAAACCAAUGUAUAUAUUCAUAUUUUCAUACUACUUGAAAAGUUUGCUUCAGCUCGUAUAAAUACAAAAAUCUUUGGCCAUUCUUGAGUGUACAUUUUACCUUCAACUUUCUGUAUUGCUUGUACUGUAAAUAGUCUGUAAAUUAGUAUUUAUUGCUUUAUAGAUGCACUAUAAGGCAUGCAUUAGGAAUCACCCCCAUCUCUUAGAAAACUGACUUUCGCGUUCUACAACCAUUUACAUGUUGCUAGAACAUUGUAACAUAUUACUGACAGACCAUAAGAAACUUAGACACCUAUUUUGUUUCAAUGUGUGAUGUAACUUUUUGCUUUGAAAGUACAACAUAAAUAAAGGUUUGAAAUUUGAG